AUGAGUAAUGGAGAUGAUACGAGAAACUCUGCAAAAAUCGAUGAAAAUUUAUAUCCUGAAGAAAUAGACAUCCAAAAACGACUAUUUUCUUUCUUGUUUUCCAAAAAAAUUCCACCUUUACCAUCAUACGAUGAAAGAAAACUUUACCCUGAACAUAAUGCUAACUGGGUUUCGAGAGUAUUUUUUUGGUGGUUAAAUCCCAUUAUGUCUGUUGGGUACAAAAGAACUUUACAACCCCAAGAUUUGUUCGUGUUAACUAAAGAUAUGACAGUUGAAGAAAUGACCGAGAAAUUUACUUCACAAUAUCAAGCAAAAUGUGAAAAUUAUUCAAAGGCUAAUUUAGACAAAAAAAAUCACAAGGAAGGCGAAAUAUCUCCUAAUUAUAUUUGCGCCCAAACCUUAUUAUUUGUUUUCUGGAAGCCUUUUUUGUUAUCAUGUAUUUUCAUGACUUUAUCAGGAAUUGGUUCAACCUUAAAUCCAUUACUUUCUAAAAAAUUGAUCACUUUCGUCGAAAAAAAGGAUAGCGGAGCUGAAAACUCAACUGGAAAAGGGAUUGGGUAUGCCUUAGGUACGACUGGAAUUCUAUUUGUGUGCGGUUUACUCCAAAAUCAUAGUGUACAGAAGGCGAUGAUAGUUGGUGCCAAAUGUAAAGCUAUACUAACCAAAGCUAUUAUCGAUAAAUCUUUCAAAUUAAGCCUUAAAUCCAAACAUCUUUAUCCAUCAGGAAAAAUCACAUCAAUGAUGGGAGCAGAUUUAGCAAGAAUUGAUUUGGCAAUCGGUUACAUACCAGUAUUAAUAUCCUGUCCGGUCACUGUUAUUAUUGCUAUAGUAAUACUUAUUAUAAAUAUUGGGGUUUCGGCACUUGUUGGUGUUGCUCUACUAGUUAUAUUCGUGGUAUUAUUGACAUUCUGCACUAGUAAAUUGAUAAGAAUAAGACGCUAUGCUAAUAAAUAUACAGACCAAAGAAUCCGUUAUAUUCAAGAAGUGUUGAAUAAUCUAAGAAUGAUUAAAUUUUACUCUUGGGAGUUACCAUAUUUCGAUCGAAUUGCUGGUAUUAGGAGGCUAGAAAUGAAAGCAAUAUUUAAAAUGCAAGCAUUAACGAAUAUUGUUACGGCGAUGGCUAUGUCAUUUACUACUAUUUCAUCAAUGGUUGCUUUCCUUGUGCUUUAUGCCCUUAGAAAAAACAAUAGAGGCCCAGCAAGUAUAUUCUCAUCACUUUCGUUGUUUAAUGUUUUAGCACAACAGGUGUAUGUACUUCCGCUAGUACUUUCUACUUGCGCUGAUGCAUAUGUGGCAUGUACUAGAGUUCAUGAGUACUUAUGUUGCGAAGAGACAACAUCAUCAGAACAAAGUUGCUAUCUCGAUGAAUCAAGGAAGAUUGAAAUGAACAAAAUAAAUGCUGCUAUAGUAAUGAAAAAUGCUUCAUACAAUUGGAAGUCAUUUGAUAAUAAUGAUGAAGAAAUCAUACCUGAAAGUCUGAGUGAUUGUUCUAUUGAAGUCAAAGUAGAUAAUGAACGCAAAAUAUUUAACGGUUUGAAAGAUAUCAAUUUAACUAUUUACAAAAAUGAAUUUAUUGUAAUAACAGGAUUAAUAGGCUCAGGAAAAACAUCAUUUUUAAGUGCUCUUUCAGGUUUAAUGAAUAGAAGUUCCGGAUCAGCUGAAAUAAUGGUACUUUAUUAUUCUGCAGUCAGCCUUGGAUUCAAAAUGCUACAUUAA